AUGGAGCCGGUCGGUAUCUAUUGGCGGCCUGAAGGCAUGAGCCUCCACGGCACUCGUCUACGGAUUCGCGGCACAUGCCUCCUUUUGAGGCUAUUUUAUUUCGUUACAUUAUAUUCCGUUACGGCCGUUCGAGUGCAGAAAGUCAGCCCGGAGCAGCUACAUCAACUUCAAGCAGUUUUGGAGGGCAGUGCCGUUGAAAAAGUCAGCCAACAACAAUCCGAUGGCAUUGAACUCUUUGCUGAUGUUCGCCGCCAGCCCGGCGCCCACCCCAGCCACAACGAACUGAGCGUCAAUGAAGUCAGCAACUACUUUCAGGGGGAUGUCGACCUGUCUCUAACUCAAUACAACGCCAUCACGAACCACCUGCGUAGAACCGGUAGCCGUAGAGAAAAGCGAAAGAUCGGCAAGUCGCCUUUCUACAACUUAUGGGAUCGCGGAAAGUCGAUCAGCUAUGAUUUUGCUGAGAAUGUGCCGAGGGAUACAAGGGCAAAAAUAAGAGACGCUCUCCGACUGUGGCAACGUAACACCUGUAUCCGCUUCGAAGAAAACGGCCCAAACAUCGAUCGCCUCGAGUUUUUCGACGGCGGCGGCUGCUCGUCGUUUGUGGGGAAAGUCGGCGGAACGCAGGGCAUUUCCAUAGCCACACCCGGCUGUGAUGCCGUCGGCAUUAUCAGCCACGAGAUUGGGCAUUCGUUGGGCAAUUUCCAUGAGCAAGCCCGGCCUGACCAGGAGCAACACAUUAGUGUAAAUUGGAAUAACAUUCCGCUGGGGCGUUGGAACAAUUUUAAUGCCGUUGGAGAUGCGCAGGCGGAUACGUAUGGACUACCGUAUGAUACAGGCUCCGUAAUGCACUACGGUCCAUUCGGUUUCGCGACGGAUCCAUACGUACCCACGAUCCGAACGAUCGAAAGAUCACAGCAAACUACUAUCGGCCAACGAGCCGGCCCCUCCUUUCUCGAUUAUCAGGCGAUCAACCUCGCUUAUGGUUGCUACAAAAAUUGCCCACCAAUUCGGUGUCAUCGCGGUGGAUACCCACAUCCGAACAAUUGCUCGACGUGUAUGUGCCCUGAAGGGUUGGCCGGAGACCAUUGCGACUUUGUUAGAGCAAGCAAUCAAGAGUGUGGAGGCGUCAUUUGGGUAUCGGAACAAGGCUUCUACAUCAACAGCCCGUAUUACCCAAGGCAUUUCCCUAAGGGAUCCGAAUGUUAUUGGCUCCUCCGAUCGGUCAACGGCGCUCCCCUUUCUCUAAAAUUUGAUGGCAAAUUUGACUUUUACUGCGAGGACACGUGCGAUAAGUCCGUGGCUCCUCGAAGGACUUUUGUCUCGAAAACUCAUGAAAUGCUGGUGAUCAUGAAGGGAUCUGCCGGUGGAUCACAGGGAUUUCAAGCGUUCGUCCAAGCUAGGGCCGUUGGGACUCCUACUACUCCACGCCCGGUUAACCUUCGAAAAGUAGUUACCACUACAGCCUCGCCAACUGAAGUAGCCACUGCCGCUGAAUGCAACUGCGGUGAGUGGAGCGAGUGGAUCGGGGAAUGUUCUCAAGUUUGUGGCGGUUGCGGUAGCAGGCAGCGAACGAGGCAAUGCGCAAAAGAGGAUUGCCAUGAUGUGGACAAACGGCCUUGUAAUUUUAAGGCGUGCCCGGAGGGGACUAACUUUUUGAUUAACAAUGGUGAAUUCCACAUCCUAUGGCGUGGGUGCUGCGUAGGGAUGAUACGAUCACAAACGGAAUGUACGGCACUGGCCAGUGGAGAAAACCCACUCUUCAGCAUCAUCACUUCCCUCUUGUCCUCCAGCGAUCAGAAAAAGGCUGAGCGGACAAAUACGAUUCAAGGGGAGCACGGCGGAAGUUUGCCGGGAGAUGGGAAGGGACAACGGGUUUGGAAGGAUUAU